AUGGGCGACAUCGUCAUGCGAGACCAAGCCAUGUCGCCGACCGAGACCUUGGCCACCGACCUCUCCCGCCAAACUACAAACUCCGAGUAUGGCGACCUGGACCCGGACGAGGAAAAGUCGCAGGAGGAUCGGCGGACUGCGUCCAUCGCGACGGGUCGGACAGCCAGUCUCAACAGAAUAGUCACCCGGAGGGAGACCAUCUUGUCGCGUCUCAGAUCCCGGGCACCCAUAGGCACUUUUACCCAUCCGCUAGAACACCGGCAGACGACGGUCGAAGACCUCGUCGACUUCGACGGCCCGGAUGACCCGUACAGGCCUGUCAACUGGAACAUGAAGAAGAAAGUCUUCACCACGGCCUUGUACGGCUUCACCACCAUGACUGCCACCUGGGCGAGCAGUAGCUACAGUCCAGGGACACAGCAGGUGGCACAUGAAUUCCAUGUCGGCAGCGAGGUCGCGACGCUGGGAACCACGCUUUUCCUGAUGGGAUUCGGGAUCGGCCCUCUGCUGUGGGCACCUCUCUCGGAGGUCUAUGGCCGCAAGAAUGCUGUCCUGCCGCCCAUGUUCGUCUCUGCCUGUUUCUCGUUCGCCACGGGUGCCGCCAAAGACCUCCAGACCAUCAUGAUCACGAGAUUCUUUGCCGGGUUCUUCUCUUCGGCGCCUGUCACUAAUACCGGCGGCGUGCUAAGUGACUUGUUCCCGGCGUCCCAGAGAGGUAUUGCCAUCGCAUCCUAUGCGAUGGCGGUGGUCAUCGGUCCGGUCUUUGGACCCAUUGUCGGCGCCGCCAUGGUUGUCCAGCCCAGUCUCCGAUGGCGAUGGACCGAGUAUCUCACGGGAAUCAUGCAGCUCUGUAUCUUGGUCCUCGAUGUCAUUUUCUUGGACGAGUCAUAUCCUCCUCGACUUCUGAUAUACAAGGCGCGACGCCUGCGACACCAGAGUGGAAACUGGGCCCUCCAUGCGAAAUUUGAGGAGUGGGAUGUGUCUGUGUCCGAGUUGGCGCACAAGUUCUUAAUUCGGCCGUUCCAGUUGUUGAUGACUCCAAUUUGCGCAUUGGUGGCCCUUUAUGCGAGUUUCUGUUAUGGAAUUCUGUACAUGCAACUGGGCGCCAUCCCAAUUAUCUUUGGCGAACACCGCCACUGGAAACUCCUGCCCGCUGAGCUCCCAUUCCUGGCCAUUCUCGUGGGAGCCAUCACUGGCGCUGCCAUCAACAUUUACAACCAGCUGGUGUAUAACCGCAAGUCCGGAGGCCAAGUGGCACCCGAGUUGCGUCUGCCCCCCAUGAUGUUUGGGUCUUUUCUUUUCUCGUCAGGACUCUUUAUCACGGGGUGGACAUCCGAUCCGAAGUACCCGUGGAUUGCGCCUGUUCUCGGACUGUAUAUGACCGGUCUUGGGUUCUUCACCAUCUUCCAGGCGGCGCUGAACUACCUAGUCGAUACGUUUCAGAGAUACGCUGCCAGUGCAGUGGCAGCCAACACAUUUUUACGAUCAUGUUUCGCUGCAGCGUUUCCGCUCAUCGUAACUCCUAUGUACCACAACAUUGGGGUGCCUUGGGGAACGAGCAUAUUUGGCUUCUUUGCGGUUGCCCUGAUACCCGUGCCGUUUGUGUUUUUUGUUUUUGGCAAGCGCAUAAGAGCGAAGAGUAAAUGGAGCAAGUUCUAG